AUGAGCGCACUUGAAAUUUUCGAUGCCACCGUGAAGAAGCUUGCAGAAGCCCACAUCAUGGUCGUGCUGAACAAUCAUCAGGGGAAGGCUAUGUGGUGCUGCAGUGAGGAUGACGGGGAAGGAUUGUGGUACAGCCAGGAGUAUUCUGAGGAAGAUUGGCUGCAGUCGCUUCGCCUGCUUGCAAGGCGCUAUCGAGAGGAGCCCUAUGUGAUCGGUUUUGACCUCCGCAAUGAGCUGCGAGGCAUUCCGGCCUCAGUUGCACAGAACCUCAGGCUAUCUCCGCGAGGAUUUCGUUUCUGGCCACGAUGGGACUCCUACGACGAGAUUUUAGACCUCCGACGUGCAGGGGCAGACGCAGAAGUGGGCAACAGCGACUGGGGCGAAGCAGCGCUAAGGGCCGGCGUGGUGUACGAGGCGCAUGAUUACUGCUGGUAUCAUGUCAACUUCUUCAGAGCCUGGAUGUUGUACUGGCGCCUCGGCGGAGAAGGCUGGAUUCUGGUCAGUUUGUUCCAGAUGCCUGGCAGCCAGAGGACAGUCUCGUACUCAGCCUUCCGUGCCAAGCUUGAUGAUCGAUGGGGUUUCUUGCUGGAUGGCGAGGCCCCAGUCUGGCUUGGCGAAUUUGGGACGAAUGGAUACUGGGUUACAGAUGGCUGGUCUGCGGAGGUUGGAGAAGUCCUUUGGCUCAAUCACAUUCUGCGGUACAUGCAAGAGCGUGACCUGCACUAUGCCUAUUGGGCUCUCAAUGGCGAUAAGGCAGGGGACGAUGAGACCUUUGGACUUCUCAUGCAGGAGGCUCGAGCUGUGCAAGGCUUUGAGGGUCUGCGGUUGAAUGGUCCAAGCAGACUCUGCGAUGCUGGGCUCCAGGAUGGCGAUCUGCUAAGCGCUACAAUCCGGGAGCCAGGUCCUGUCAUGGAGUCCUACCGCAAGGCAGGAUGGGUUGAGAUUCACAACUGGGUGCCCUUUGACACGUUGUCUCAGAACGGAAAGUGGUCACCUGGGGCGAUCCCUGGGGUGGAGGUGACAGUGGCGCUGUUCAUGAUAGGCUCCGCCCCUGAGCCUUCGCAAAGCGCGGGCGGAGCAGCGCUGAGCAGCGAGCAGACUGGCCUCAUCAGGUCCAUCCAAGACUCGUUUGGGCGUUUCACUCGAUCUCGAAAGGCAGAGGGUGGAGCCAGGCUGAAGGGACUACCAGACGAUUCGCCAUCCCUGGUUGUUGAAGCUGCUGCCUUGAGCUUGGAUAUCCGGGGCCACAUGCUGAAGAUGCAGACUUCAAGAGAAGACCUCAGAACUCUACAAACGCAUGCCCUGACGAUGAAAGCAAAAAAGGGCGUGCUGCCGUCAAAAGUCAACAGCCCGCAGCAAGCCGGUGUCAUGGCCACAGGCGAGGGCGCGAAGCGGGCGAACAUUGCAAAGCAGCCAAGGCUGGCUGGCUUGGCUUCUCAGCCUCUGCCGCGGACUCCGUCCAGGUGCCGCCGGAUACCUGCGCCGCUGAGGGAGGCGCCCCGUGCAGCGAGCGCGGCCAACCUGAGAGUGUCGUCUCUGCUCAGUCCACGAUCCGGUGCACGAUCUCCUCCUCGCCCAGUCCCGUGCUUUCCCGCAAACCGGGCGGAAGCCAGUCUGCCACAAGCUGUAGUGGCAACACCAUCGAUGCCAUCAGGCAUCAGCUCUGCUGGAGGUGUUGCCCAUGCGACCCCCGUGGCAGCCAUCUCUGGCAUCAGCUCGGCAGGAGGAAUGGGAGGAAUGCAGCGGCAAAACGUGGUGCGAUCCUAUGCCCCUCCUCGUGUCGUGGUGCCAGCAUGGGCCUGGCUGCCUUCCUUGCCCUCCCCCAAGCAGGCUUUCCGCAAUCCCGCUUGUGUGCCUCAUGAAAGUGCAGUGAAGGGAAGGCCUGCCGACUUGGCAGUCAUCCCCACACCCAGCAGAGUUCGCACGCAGAGACCUCCUGGCCCCUCCUUUCGGGUGGGCCCUCCCAUCCGAGCAACCCUGUCUGGGGGAGUGCCCACGGCUUGGCAUGCUGUCACAGCGACUUGGCCUGGCGGGUCAAAAGCCUUUCUCCUCCGCGUAACUCCUGCAGGCAGACCUGUUCGCCAGAGGGCUGAGGCCCUCUUCAUCCGUUGGAUCCAUCUUAAGUGCUUUCCAGCCAUGUUUGUGCUCACCGCAGCUGGUGGGCUGGCUGGUGGCUUUCUCUUUCACAAGUGGCUCUUGCGGCCUGAGGAGUGCAUCAGCCCGGGAGCAAAGGCAGUGGCAGCAAGCUCCGAUGUCGAGCUAAAGGCUGCCAUGCACAGCCUGAAGGACGGAAGCCAACGCUUUAGUUACACCUUGAAGCCGAAGAAUAAAGCGCCUACACAUGCCAUUGUUUUCGUGCACGGCUACACUUCCAAUUCGGACCUCUAUGUGGAGAUCAUGGCGGAAUAUGCCCGAGCCGGUGCUGUAGUGUUGAUGCCAGAUCUGCCUGGGCACGGGCGUUCUGAUGGCUUGCUGGCCUACAUCACUGAUUGGUGGAGCUUCAUGGAUCAACUCUGGGAGCACACGGAAAUUCUUAUGUCCAAGGAGGGCAUGGUGGACGGCAAGUCGCUACCAACUUUUGUAGCAGGAAACUCGUUGGGUGGUGGUAUGGCGGCCUGCAUGGUCCUGCAGAGACCCACCUACUUUCGAGGGGCGAUCUUGCAAGGUCCUAUGCUGACUGUUAGCGAUGAAGUGAAGCCGCCUUGGAUUGUGCAGAUGAUCUUCAAACACGUAGUUGCAAGAUUGUUGCCCAACUGGCCGCUUUCCCCCAUCAAGAGCCUUGCGAACUUUGACUUUCGAGUCCCAACGAUGGGGCCUGUGUAUGAGGAAGUCAAUCCGUUCUCCAUGAAGGGAACUCUGCCUUUUUUGGCCUCUGGCCGAGAGAUGGGCUUUACCUUCAUUGAUUGGCUGGAGGACCACCUGAAGGAGGUGCGAACCCCUUUCCUCGUACAGCACGGCAAGUCGGACAAGAUCACAGAUCCCGCUUCGUCGCAGCGCUUGUACGAUGAGGCAGCAGCUACAGACAAGACGCUCCGACUCUAUGAUGGGGUGUACCACUGUGAGCUGAUAUGCUGUACGCCCGGCGGAGCUGCCUUCACUGGCUUAACCUGGCUUCCAGAGCAGGUGUCUGCAACGGAGCAGUGCAUUCAGGAUGCGAAAGCCUGGAUGGCAGCGAGGGUUUGA